CCGCACCAGUCAUUGCUAAAAGUUUCGCCGCGAAACUUUCGCGAACGUUGCAAAACGAGGAAACCGAUCUAAAUUCGCCCGCGUUCAAAAUGAGUUCCAAGUCCUUAUUCGACAGCGAGGAAGAUGCCGCCCAGUCAAACAAAUUGUCAAGGAAGGCCAAGGAAUCGCCCUUUAUGCUAGUGGGUAUUGCCGGAUUCGUGGCCGCCGGGCUGAUUGGAGCGUACAAGUACCGGAACCGGGGAACGAUGAGCACCAGUGUUUUUCUGAUGCAGCUUCGUGUGGCAGCCCAAGGAACCGUUGUGGGUUGUCUGACUGUAGGACUGGCCUACAGCAUGGCCAAGGAGUACCUGUUCGACAAGGCGCCCAAGGAAAAUGCAAAGUCAUUGACUAACUAAAAAUCAUCUGAAUGAUGUCGGCUAGCCCAAUUACAACUUUCCACCUAGCAAUCAGUAACUCUAUUUAUUGCAUCAUCAAAUAUUUAUACCGAUCAAGAGGUCUAGGAUCACUAAAGGGCGGGACUCGCAAGUUCCGUAAAUGAAAUAAUGUUUUGUAUACCUGUGUAAGAUUGUGAUAUCGUGUGUUUUAAAUGUACAAGUUGGACAUCCAGACGAAAGCUGAUGUAGGCAAACGACAAGAUAUUAAAUACCUCUCUCAUGAUAUAAUAUACUUAAAUAAAACAAUUUAGACUAAAAGAAGCCAA